ACUUAGUCUGAAAACGGGGGGAAUCUUUUCAGAGACGAACAACAUGGCUGCGCGUGUAGUGCAGUCUAAAAACAGCGAAUUAAAUUCAUAUUUCCGCCGUUUAGGACUUAACUACCGAGACACUCAUACGUUCGCUAUUGAAAUGCUCUCGCGCACACCAGAUGUCCGGAUUUAUGUCGGACCGUGUUUCAUUAGUACGCGUUUACGUUACGUAAGAGUGUCUCUCUAAACGGCCCCUCAUAUUUAUGGUUGAUAUGAUUCAGUGGUUGGUGCUUGGUUUCCAAUAAAUCUGGCACGUUUGCCUGAGUGAAAUGUUACGAAUAUCGCAGUAAUCGCCGUGGACGCUCUCGCUGCUUCGUGUCUCGCUUCCACCGAUAAAUAUAUAUAUAUAUUUGCAUCGCGUUACGCUUAAUUUGUUGCACUAAUUUGCGUCGGAUAUUUUCUAACUCUUUUAAUACUUGUUGGAGUUGUGUUUGCAGCAUUUUUGAACGGAUAUGUUUUAUGUUUUAACUUAGACGACCGUUUCUGUGGCUGUGAGGUUAUGUUUGUUUGUGACGAGUGCCUCUUAAAACAGGGGUCUUCAGGCCAAGGACCCCCAAACUGACGGCGAGCUGGGGCAGGGACCCCCUGUUCUACGGCCUUUGGUCCGCCAUCUUUUAUUUGUGAUCUUCGCGCGCUUUAGACGUGAGCAUAGACGCGAUCUGAUUGGCUGCUGCCUGCACGACGCAGGAAGGAGCUGCGAGUGGACCGGUGCUGCUGUGGGAAGCUGAAUGUGUGCGUUGCAGACUGAAGGAUAACGUCUUCUCCAUCGAUGCAUCCGUUUGCUUCAAUGUGUUGAAUUCAUGUUAAUGUGUAUUUAAAGAGAAUACAAAAAAAAAUUGUCUCAUCAACCAAAAAUUUCGCGACCCCCCUGCAGUACCUCCGCGGACCCCCUGUUGAAGGCCUCUGUCUCAUAAGAUGUGACAGAAUUAUCCAGUUCCAAGGGAAAAACCCUCUACCAACCCCACCAGUGGAGGUUGUUGUUUCUGAACCACUACUAAAGUUAGUGUACUCCACCCUCCGGUACCUCCAUCAUUGCUGCAAACAGGAGGAAAGCUACUUACAGAUGAGGAACUAAAUAGUUGAUGGAAAAUUUGAUCAUCACCAUCUCUCCUUCGUCUUCUAGAAAUGACACAACUACAUUUACAAAUAACAGACCUAUGAACUAUUUCCUCUUUGGAUAUGUGGUUUAAAGGUUUUGCUGCCAAUUCACACCUCUAAAUAAACCUCUGAUGACAUCAGGACCACAGAGAGCCGUCACAUCUCCCACCGCAAAAUAAAGACACACCUCUACCUCGACUAAAGGACUAACAAAUUGUAGCACUUAAAUUCUACUUAUAACGCCACUAAUCUAUAGCAAACUAACUUAUUUGAUAAAAUCACACUUUCUUGUUUGUAUCCCUACGGUUGAAUGCACUUAUUGUAAGUCGCUUUGGAUAAAAGCGGCAGCUAAAUAACUUGUAAUGUAAAACAAGAUGUGUGGCUGUGGUGUCACACGACCAUGACUCACGACAGAGCUGAUCCGCUUCUACAGAGAUGCAUGAUAUCAUGUUUUAAAGAUAAGAAGUAGAAAUUAAGUUCAAUAAACUGCAUAAACAGUUUAUUUACAAAUUGAUGCAACAUGUUUCUAGUAAAACAUUGUGAUUACAAAGAACAGCAACAACCACAAAGUUAAUAGAUGUGUAAAGGUCUGACAAACAAGUUCCCCUCUCUGAUCCGCUCCUCCUCAUUUUAAUACUGCAAGUAGAAAAGAUUAAAUCAUUCAUUUUAGUAAAGAGAAGGUACAGAACGGCCUCUGGGUAGAACGUUUCUGUGUCCAAACUUUAUCACUAUUGGAAAACUUUGGCACUUCUACAAAUGAAAUCACCUCACAGUGCAACAAGCAGACCAUGCAGUGCAUUAGUGCACGUGACGUGAACCCUGAUCAGAUGGUUGUAGAUCUCGGAGCACGCUGCCAGGAAUUGAGUCCCUGGUACUGAGCAAAGAAGUCAAAGACUAAGAAGAGUUUUAACUUCAAAAACAGGUUGUAUUGAAAACACAUCGAACUGAAACUUUGCAUCUACUAAACAACAUGAUGUGAUAUGUAUGAUACUUUGGUUAAACCAUGUUUAAACUGCAGCAGAAGGAACACAGUUUCAUGUUCUAGUGCUGUAGAAGUGAACAGGGGAGGAAAAGGCAUUCACUAUUCUACGGGAGGCUGAUGAGUUUCACAGAGGUGGACUAAACUAUCAGAGGCCUGAUUGGUGCUCACAGACUGGAUCGGCCUUAAACAGCUAACAACUAAUAUGAGAUGUAUUUAAAGUUGAGGAGAGAUGGUUAGCAGUGAUCUAAGACAUGUUGUCAAUACCUUUCAGUGGAAUGAGUGUCAGCAUUGUGUUCAACGCUUAUUCGUUAGAAAGGAGCUAAAAACUGCUGUUGUUAAUUUGGUCAUUUGAGCUUCGUGUGAAAGGGAAGGAAGUUAAAAUGAAGAAGAGGAGGAGAAAAUGUCCAACCUGAUGAUGUCAUGUCACCCUUUACUCAAAGUGUGAACGCCGUAAGCCGUUUCUCAGCAGAGUGUCAGCGUGGACGUGAGGAUGGGACGCGCUUUGUUUGGCGUGUUGGGGCUUUUCUUGCUGAAUAUUCUCCUCUACUGUGGACACGCUAAAGACGCUUUGCUGCAUAUUGAACCAAACUGGUCUCCUUUAUUUACUGGAGAGAAAGUUACCUUCAUAUGUGACUCACAGGAAGGAAACAACGCUGACUGGGUUUACUCAUUCAGAUGGAAUAGUCAAGAGUUCAUCAACUACAGACCAGCGAAUAGAUUUACAUUACCAUCUCUAACUACAAGAUAUAGUGGUGAAUAUCAGUGUGCUGCUUAUCAGAAGAUCCGCCCCAACGUUAUAAGAGAAAGUAAUAAAGUCUCUCUAAGUGUAUCAGCAAAACCAAAGGCCCAACUGAGAAAAGACUCUCCUCUAGAGGGACGUGUGACCCUGACCUGCUCUGUGGGGUCUUCAUCAUCAUCAUCAUCAUCAUCUGGAUGGAAGUACUACUGGUACAAACACAACAAAACCUCUGAACCUCUGAAACCAGGAGCUUAUGUUCUCCUCCAGAGAGGAAGCAUCUCUCCCUCUGGCGGAGGAGUCUACUGGUGCAGAGGAGGAAGAGGAGGAAGAGGAGCCCCAGUUUACUACACAGAGUACAGCCAUCCAGUCGUCACAAACAGAGCUGUUGUGACUCUGCAACACGACUGGCCUGAGAUUUACUCUGGAGAGACGAUCACUCUCACAUGUGGAAUAGAGGAGGGAGGAGGCUCUGAGUGGGAGUAUGAAUGGAGAACACCCGACUAUUACACACCUCCAAACCCAAGAGGCUCCGUGAUGACAUCAUCAGUCAGAGGAGACUACAGCUGUAAGGGCAGACUGAAAGAUGGAGCCUCUACAACAGAAUGGAGUGAUGCUUUCACAGUAAAAACAUCAGCAGCAAAACCAAAGGCCCAACUGAGAAAAGACUCUCCUGUAGCGGGACGUGUGACCCUGACCUGCUCUGUGGGGUCUUCAUCAUCAUCAUCAUCAUCAUCUGGAUGGAAGUACUACUGGUACAAACACAACAAAACCUCUGAACCUCUGAAACCAGGAGCUUAUGUUCUCCUCCAGAGAGGAAGCAUCUCUCCCUCUGGUGGAGGAGUCUACUGGUGCAGAGGAGGAAGAGGAGCCCCAGUUUACUACACAGAGUACAGCCAUCCAGUCGUCACAAACAGAGCUGUUGUGACUCUGCAACACGACUGGCCUGAGAUUUACUCUGGAGAGACGAUCACUCUCACAUGUGGAAUAGAGGAGGGAGGAGGCUCUGAGUGGGAGUAUGAAUGGAGAACACCCGACUAUUACACACCUCCAAACCCAAGAGGCUCCAUGAUGACAUCAUCAGUCAGAGGAGACUACAGCUGUAAGGGCAGACUGAAAGAUGGAGGCUCUACAACAGAAUGGAGUGAUGCUUUCACAGUAAAAACAUCAGCAGAAAAACCAACGGCCCAACUGAGCAAAAACUCUGUAGACGGACGUGUGACCCUGACCUGCUCUGUGGGGUCUUCAUCAUCAUCAUCAUCGUCAUCUGGAUGGAAGUACUUCUGGUACAAAGACGAGAAAACCUCUGAACCUCUGAAACCAGGAGAUGAUGUUCUCCUCCAGAGUGGAAGCUUCUCUCCCUCUGGUGGAGGAGUCUACUGGUGCAGAGGAGGAAGAGGAGACCCAGUUUACUACACAGAGUACAGCCAUCCAGUCGUCACAAAUAGAGCUGUUGUGACUCUGCAACACGACUGGCCUGAGAUUUACUCUGGAGAGACGAUCACUCUCACAUGUGGAAUAGAGGAGGGAGGAGGCUCUGAGUGGGAGUAUGAAUGGAGAACAUCCGACUAUUACACACCUCCACACCCAAGAGGCUCCAUGAUGACAUCAUCAGUCAGAGGAGACUACAGCUGUAAGGGCAGACUGAAAGAUGGAGCCUCUACAACAGAAUGGAGUGAUGCUUUCACAUUAAAAACAUCAGGUGUCCCUCAGCCUGUCCUCACAGUGUCUCCAUCAUGGACGAGUCCUGGAGACUCAGUGACUCUGACCUGCAGUGUUGAACCUCCGUCUGCAGGAUGGAGGUUCUUCUGGUAUCAGGCUGUUCCAGAACUGCCACUCAACUACACCUAUGAGCUUCUAGCUGGUAGCACCACUGGGACUGAACAGGAUUCCUACAGUCUUCAUGGACAGACACACACAGCAGGAUAUGUGUGCAGAGCUGGAAGAGGAGAUCCUGUGUUUUACAGUCUGUACAGUGAUGUGAAGUUUGUCUGGUCUGGAGGUGUGAAUCCAGCAGCGUCUCUCACAGUGAGUCCUCACAGACUGCAGCACUUCAGCACAGAGUCACUGUCACUGAGCUGUGAGGGAAACUCUGCUGAGUGGAGAGUGAUGAAGGCUGAUGAAUCUGGCUUCAUGUCAUCCUGUUCUUACUGGGGACAAAUGACUGGAUCCACAUGCAACACCACUAGAGCGAGUAGUGGAGUGUACUGGUGUGAGUCUGCAACACAGUCCAGCAAUGCAGCCAACAUCACUACACACAGUGGUGAUGUCAUCCUGGUGAGUUCUGUCCAUCCUGUGACUGGGGGACAUUCGGUCACUCUUGGCUGCAUGUUGAGGACAAAAGAUCUUCUUCAUAAUGUGGAUUUCUAUAAAAAUGCCAAACUCCUCCCAAAUGGUGUCGGAGGGGAGCUGCUUAUCUCUGCAGUUACUAAGUCAGAUGAAGGCUUUUAUAAAUGUAGAGGAAGGAAUUCACCUCCAGGUUUGGAGACUUUGACCUCAGCAGAGAGCUGGUUGUCAGUGGAACGUGAGUACGAGUAGAAGAUGUUUUCUUUGUAAUAUGUGUUACAGUCUGAGUUACAAAAGGUGUAACUGAAUUAAACUAUUUGUUUGCGUGAGACAAUAUAGUUUUAU